CAAACUAAAAAACACAAACCAAAUCUCGACAGAAAACUAAACAAACCAACAAUGAAGCUUUACAUGUUAUGGCUCGUGUUGGUAUUAGCCGUCCAAGCGGAUGCAGCAAAGCAAAGAACGAAGGCUAAAAUCCCUGCAUUAAUAGUUUUCGGAGAUUCAAUAAUGGAUACUGGUAACAACAACAAUCUCUCAACUUUUCUUAAGUCCAACUUCCCUCCUUAUGGCAAAGACUUUCCCGGCGGAUUGGCUACUGGAAGAUUUUCUGAUGGAAAAGUUCCUUCUGAUCUUAUUGCGGAAAAAUUGGGGUUGGCUAAGACAUUACCAGCAUACCUAAGUCCAAAUUUGAAGCCUAGAAAUCUUUUGAAAGGUAUAACAUUUGCGUCUGGAGGAUCAGGUUAUGAUCCAUUGACAGCCGAAACUAUGUCGGUGAUAUCAGUGGGGGAUCAACUAAUAUAUUUCAAAGAGUAUAUAUCAACGAUCAAACGACGUUAUGGAAAAAGAAAAGCUCGACAUAUCUUGAACCGCGGCAUUUUUCUCGUGGUUUCUAGUAGCAAUGACCUUGCUCACACUUAUAUAGCCCAAUCUCAUAAAUAUAACCCUGCAUCUUAUGCUUCUUUCUUGGCUAAAUCAGCAGUUAUAUUCGUAAGAGAAUUACACAAGCUUGGAGCUCGAAAAAUUGGGGUGUUUAGUGCACUUCCUGUUGGAUGUGUACCACUUCAAAGAUCAGUGCGUGGAAGUGUAUUAACAAGAGAAUGUGUUAAACCCUUAAACAAUAUGGCAAAAAAAUUCAACACUAGACUUUCUCCAGCACUGAAAUCUUUAGAUAGAGAGUUGGAGGGUAUUAUCUUCUACGUUGAUGUUUAUGAGACCUUUUUGGACAUGAUCCAAAAUCCUAAAAAAUACGGUUUCGAGGUAGCUGAUAGAGCUUGUUGCGGUACUGGUUUUCUCGAAAUUUCUUAUAUGUGCAACUCAUAUAAUCCAUUCACAUGCUCUAAUUCGUCGGCCUAUAUAUUUUGGGAUAGCUACCAUCCAACUGAAAGAGCUUAUCAAGUUAUGGUUGAUAAGUUAUUCUACAAAUACUUUAGCAAAGUCUUUUGAUGUUAAACAUUACUUACAUCCUUGCGUUUCAUUGUACUUAUCCUUCUUAUUGUUUCAUGUAUGUGAUUAAUUCAUUACAGAAUGUUCAAUGUCUUGUGCACUGAAAUAAUUUGAAUAAAAUCUUAAUGUUCUAUGUUUUCAA